AUGCCAACAAAUUCGCAUGCUAAGAGACCCUUUUCGUCCAUUUCUUCCUCAUCGCCAAUGGCAACAACGACUGGUUCUAGUUCUAGUUCUAGUUCUAGUCUCCACAUGGAAUCUUCCAUCAAACAAAAAAGCAACUCUGCUUUUGAGACAUCAAGAACAACAACAAGAACAAAACAAAAUAGUAGUACUACUAGUUCUUUGAUGAAGAACAGUGCCAAGCUGGAUGCUACUUCGCUUCCAUCUUUCGCACAAAUUCAAGACUUUGUCAUGCCAGUGAUAUUUACAUCCAUGUUAAUAACCUCCAACACAGUCGGCGCUGGAAUGCUCGUCUUGCCCGAACUUGUCCAAGGACCGGGCAUGGGUGCCAGCAUGGGCUUGUUCUUUGCUCUAUACCUUGGGAACCUCAUUUCAGGAUUGCUCAUUGCCGAAGUGGCCAUUACUCAAAAGGAACAAUCGGGAGAAGACGCUCCUUCUUCCUUCAAGGCCUUUUCGGAAGCCAACCUUGACAGCGAGCUAGCCAAGGAUGUGAUUGCAGCCGUUUGUGUCAUUAAAAACGCUCUGGUCUUGGCCUUUGGCACCAUGAAGGCUGGCCAGCUAGGACACGAGGUCCUAGGGUGGAAUGCCGAUUUGACUUCUAUGGUUUGGGUCAUGCUCUUUGCCGGAGUCCUGGGCACCCAGUCUGCUCCUCGCUUGAGCAAGGUGGCCAGUCUGUUCGUGGCGGGUCUCUUUUCCAGUUUUGCCAGCAUUCUCAUUCCAGGUCUUGCCCACAUGGAGACUCCGGUCAUGGACGUUCUCACCAUGCCUGGGACUUCCAGCGAUCCAAUGGCUGCAAUGGUGACUGCGGCUCCCAUUAUCCUGAUGAGCUUUAUCUUUCAAAACAUUGUGCCCACCACGGCACGGAUUUUGGAAUACGAUCGCACCAAGAUUGCUCUGAGCAUGGGAAUUGGAACCCUCUUUCCCUUUGCCAUGUACGCGGCCUGGUGCAUGGCCGUCUUGGGAGGCGGUGUCGAUACGGCCGUGGGAUUGGAUGGUCCCAUGUUUACCCUCUUUUCGGUGGUGACCAUUGCUGGAUCUCAUUUGGGAAGUGCCACUUCCAUGGCGGAAGAGUUGGAUACUUACCUUCGACCUGCUCUUGACGAUACACAAGAUCUUGUGGAACAAGAAGAUCGCAAGAAUGAAGUCUUUUCAUGGGCUUCGGUUCUCAUCACGGCCGCCAUGGGAAUUGGUCUGGGCGAAGGCUUUGCCGGAAACCUCAAUGAUCUCUUGUCUCUGGCAGGAGCGUAUGGGUCACCCUUUUUGUACUUUGUGCUUCCACUCAUUAUGAUGUCGACCCAACGAGAAAAGCUUGCCAGUGAAGCGGAACCAAAAGAGAUAAUAUCCGAAACCCCAUUUCCCAACAUUCCCCUUGGCAUUGCUGCUUCUGCAGCUAGUGCAUUUCUUGGAUUACAAGCCUUGCAGAUGCUGUAA